AUGAAGAUUCAAACUGAUGCAGCUAAUGUUUUACAACGUGCAUCAGCACAAUUAAAAUCUGGAUUAUUAAAAGAAAAACCACUAUGGUAUGAUAUAAUUGCCAAAUAUCCACCAACUUCAACUAAUGAUUUAAUUAAAAAAUCUCAUGUUUAUGAAGGUAAAUCUGAUCCAAGAAAUAAUUCAAUUAUUUAUAAAUAUCCAAAUUCAAAUAAUAAAAACAAUAAUGUUUUAUUCAAGACUCGUCCACUGAAUAAAGAAUUAAAGUCAAAAAAUCAUAAUAUUCAUAAAUUACCAAAAUUAAAAUUUAUUGAAGAUUCAUUAAGAAAAAUUUUUUAUCAACAACAUCCAUGGGAAUUAUCUCGUCCCAAGAAUUUAAUUGAUAAUGGUAAUGGUAAUAAUAAUGAAAAAUGUGAUUGGAGUCAUAUGUUACAAUUACAUAAACCAUUAGAUGGUGAAUCGGUAGUACAACGUACAUUAUGGUUACUUAAGAAUAACACUACUAAAGGUUUAACUAUGGUGGAAGCAUAUGAUAAAGCUAGAUUUGAAUUUUAUAAAUUAAGAAUGAGUGAAGAAAUGGAAAGUCAUGUAGCUAAAGAAGAAAGUACAAUGUAUGGAAGUGUAUUCACUAGUACUACUGUGAAUUGGAAUUUAUCUAAAGAACAAGAAUAUAUUAAUGAUUGGACAAUUAUUGCUAAGGAAAGAACUCAAGUUAUUGAAGCUAAUAUGAAUAAAUCUUCAGCUCCAAUUGGUUCUGUUGUUGAAGAAGAAAAAUCUCAAUCUUCGUUAUUUGAAGAUUUAUUACUGAAUGAUAAUUUACAAUCUGAACCGGAAGUUGAACAAUCAGGACAACAACAACAACAAGAGCAACCAAAACAAGAAACAAACUAA